CAAUCGAUGCAGCUUGCCGUACAAAUAAAUUGGCAACAGCGAAAGGCAAAUAGAUUCAGUCUACAGUGAAGUGCUCUCAUAGCCAGUUGGAAUACAGACAUUCGCCAGUUGACUUUCAGCGUUUCUCCCCUUAGAACGUUGACAAUAUGUUGGGGACUGCACUACCAGUGGCCCUGCUGCUGCUCCUGGCGGCCAUUGUAGCACCCACAAUAUCACACACAUCUGAAGACCUGGUCUAUGGCUAUGAAUGCCACCUUGGACUGUGCCGCAAGGUGGAGCUGAGCGAGGAGAACUUCUCCAAGGCAAUCAGUCUGCCCGUGUGCCGGCUCUUCUGCGGCAGCUCCAUUGGGACGCUGUGGCCCAAGCCCACGGGAGCAGUGCGACUGGAUACACUGAUGCGCCAAGUGGACAUCUCGUUCAUUGACUUCAAUAUUACUGGCAUCGCACGCAAGGAAAAGCUAUGGAAGGCGGCCGAAAACCGUUGGAUGGAUAUGGUUGAUGCCAAGAUUCCUGAUCGCAAGAUCCUCACGAGGGGCGGCUAUCGACUCACCAUCAACAUUAACACGCCGGAAGACGCGGAUCCGGCUAAACUUACCCUGGAGACGGACGAAAGCUAUAGUCUAGACAUAGACACCGAUCCGUCUGGCCAUGUGGUGGCCAGCAUAGCUGCGGGCAACUUCUUUGGUGCCCGCCAUGGCCUGGAGACUCUCUCCCAACUGAUUGUCUACGAUGACAUAAGGCGCGAGGUCCAGGUGACGGCCAACGCUUCCAUCAGCGAUGCUCCCUCGUUCAAGUGGCGCGGCCUGCUGCUGGACACUUCUCGCAAUUACUACUCCGUGAAGGCAAUCAAGCGCACUCUGGAUGGCAUGGCCUUGGUCAAGCUGAACACCUUCCACUGGCACAUUACGGACUCCCACAGCUUCCCACUGGAAAUGCGCAAGCGGCCAGAGCUAUACAAGCUGGGUGCCUACUCGCCCCGCCAGGUUUACACCCAACGGACAGUGGCCGAGAUCGUGGAGUAUGGUCGCGUGCGGGGUAUCCGCGUAAUGCCAGAGUUCGACGCCCCGGCCCAUGUGGGCGAGGGAUGGCAGCACAAGAAUAUGACGGCCUGCUUCAAUGCUCAGCCCUGGAAGGAUUACUGCGUGGAGCCGCCUUGCGGACAGCUCGAUCCCACUGCCGAAGGGCUCUAUAAUGUGUUAGAGGACAUUUAUGGCGAGAUGUGGGAGAUCUUCAGCCCAGAUGUUUUCCACAUGGGCGGCGACGAAGUGUCCACCAGCUGCUGGAACAGCAGUCUGCCAAUCCGCCAAUGGAUGAAGGCCCAGGGCUGGGGUCUAGAGACUGCCGACUUCAUGCGCCUGUGGGGACACUUCCAGACCGAGGCACUCAAACGGGUGGAUAUUGUGGCCAAUGGAUCCCAAACACCCAUCAUUCUGUGGACCAGUCAUCUCACGGAGGAGCCCUUUAUCGAUGAGUACUUGAAUCCGGAGCGUUAUAUUAUCCAGAUUUGGACGAUGGGCGGCGAUCCCCAGGUGAAAAAAAUACUGAAGCGUGGCUUCAAGACGAUUGUCUCCAAUUACGAUGCCCUGUACUUUGACUGCGGCGGAGCUGGAUGGGUGACCGACGGCAACAACUGGUGCUCCCCCUACAUUGGCUGGCAGAAGGUGUACGACAACACCAUGUCGGCCAUUGCCGGCGACUAUGAGCAUCAUGUGCUUGGCGCCGAGGCAGCCAUUUGGUCGGAGCAAAUCGAUGAGCAUACCCUGGACAACCGCUUCUGGCCGCGUGCCAGUGCCCUGGCCGAACGCCUCUGGUCGAAUCCCGCCGAAAGCUGGAAACAGGCGGAGUCGCGUCUGCUGCUCCACCGGGAGCGGCUGGUGGAAAACGGCCUGGGAGCCGAGGCCCUGCAGCCUCAGUGGUGUCUGCAGAAUGAGCGCGAAUGCCCCAUUGACGCGUAUGAUGCACAAGCUUGAUCAGCGCUUAACCAUUCUUUGAUUCAAUUUCAUGUUCUUAUAGCAAUAGCCAGUGCGGUGGGCGCACAGGGCAUUGGGUGAGCGGCAGUCAUCUUGGCUCACUGCUCGUCAUAGCUCUAACCGUCUGAAAUAAACUGCAGCCCAGUAAGUGACCUUACGCAAGUGACUUGUCGUUUAUUUAGUAUUCUAUAAAUGAGA